CUCCCUCGCCGGGUUCCACAUCUCGGUUCGAGCAGGGAGAGCGCCACGUCCAGCUGCGGAGUUCAUUCAGAGGGGGGAACUGGCAUUUUUUUUUUAAUCCCAGCAAUCGCGUCUAAUGGACAAACUCUUUGUAAAUGCUUUUUAAGAAUCAUAACUCUAGAAAAUCGCACACUCGCUACUCAGCGGGCCCCGGACUCGAGUCUUAUUUGAAGGGAUUUAACUUCACUGGUGAACCACCUUGGCUUCUCUGCGCCCAGGAAACAGCAACACUGAAUUCCAUCAGUUUUGUAUUCAAUUUACCAGGGAGUAAUCAAAAGGACUUCUUGUCACCAUGAACACUGCUGCUCCCACUGCGUUUGAGUUCCCUUUCCUCGAGGAGGGAUUCACUGCUCGGGAUAUUGUUGAGCAGAAGAUCAACGAAUCAUCUAUGACGGAUGAUAGGGAUGCCUUCUACAUCUGUGACUUGGGCGAUGUGCUCAAGAAACACCUGCGCUGGGUGAGGGUUCUGCCUCGUGUCACUCCUUUCUAUGCUGUCAAAUGCAAUGACAGUCGGGCAGUAGUCACGACGCUGGCCUCCCUGGGCACUGGUUUUGACUGUGCGAGCAAGACGGAGAUACAGCUGGUUCAGUCUCUGGGAGUGGAUCCAAGCAGGAUCAUCUAUGCUAACCCCUGCAAGCAAGUUUCUCAGAUCAAGUAUGCGUCUGCCCACGGGGUCCAGAUGAUGACCUUUGAUAGCGAGGUGGAACUGAUGAAAGUGGCUCGUUGUCAUGACAAUGCCAAGCUGGUGCUGCGAAUUGCCACAGAUGACUCGAAGGCAGUGUGUCGUCUGAGUGUGAAGUUUGGGGCCCAGCUCAAAGCCUGUCGAGGUCUUCUGGAGCGGGCUAAAGAACUGGGGCUGGACGUGAUUGGUGUCAGCUUCCAUGUUGGCAGUGGCUGUACUGAUGCCAACACCUACAGGCAGGCAAUCGCAGAUGCUCGCUGUGUUUUUCAUAUGGGGGAAGAGCUCGGCUUCAACAUGGAUCUCUUGGACAUUGGUGGUGGCUUUCCUGGUUCAGAUGAUGCUGAUCUCAAAUUUGAAGAGAUCACAGCUGUAAUCAACCCUGCCCUGGACAAGUACUUCCCUGCUGACACUGGUGUUAAGGUUAUUGCUGAGCCAGGACGCUUUUAUGUAGCUUCUGCUUACACACUGGUUGUCAACAUCAUUGCCAAGAAGGUCAUCAUGGAUGAGGAGUCAGUCUCUGACGAUGAAGACGAAGGGACCAAUGACAGGACUCUGAUGUACUAUGUCAAUGAUGGAGUGUAUGGAUCUUUCAACUGCAUACUCUAUGACCACGCUCAUUGUUUGCCAACACUGCCUAAGAAACCAAAGCCAGAUGAGGCCAUGUACCCCUGCAGUAUCUGGGGCCCGACUUGUGAUGGCCUCGAUCGCAUUGUUGAACAGUGUUACCUGCCGGACCUGCAGGUCGGCGACUGGCUGAUCUUUGAAAACAUGGGUGCCUACACCAUGGCUGCCUCCUCCACCUUCAAUGGUUUCCAAAGACCUGACAUUCACUAUGUCAUGUCCCGUCCUGCUUGGCAACACGUGCAGCAGAUCAAUUUGCAGGGCAUGCCUGCUCCCGCAGAGGAGUCUCGACCGUUUGAGGUGUCUGCCUGCUGUGGCCAAGAGAGCAGCUUGGAGAUGUCCACCAAGCCCUGCCAGGCACAUGUGGUUUAAACAGAGACAUUUCUAAAGAUCUAGCAUCCUUUUUGUUAUUAGAUAUUGGAGAAGGUUCUUUGGGGGUUUGUUCCCCCUCCUUUCUCCCCAAAAUGUAUGUGAACGUUAAAGGCCAGUUACUUGACAGGAGAAUGAGUGGGGCAUGUUCUUGCACAAAACGUCUGUGUUCUGUAUGGAAGUUGGAGAUCAAACCCAGAUGAAAUGAGGCUAAAUCACACCCUGAGUGUCUCUGAGUUAGUGAGUGUUUCAGGGCAACUCUGCACUUGAAUUUCUUGGUGCAGCCUUGCUGCCCUUAUCAGGGGGAAAUGACUGGAAGAACCCAUUUGCUGAAUUGAAAGGGCUACUUUGUGAAAAAUAAACCACUUUGCUGAACGUUUCCCCAUCACCCUAGGUCUCAACACUUGGACAAACUCUUAGUGAAUGUAUCAAUGGUCAAAGAGGUGAAGGGUCACUCGUGCUAUUAUAUUUGAGAAUAUUAGUAGGAACAGUGGCAGAUUGCUUUUGCUUAUCCCCAGCUAGUAACUCGCUAAGAGGUGAAUGGAGGAGUGAUUUAAUUCUUUAAAUGGCUGCUAUGUUAAUAUUUAUGUUUUCCAUGAUCUCCACUUCUGUACAGAACUCAAUAAUUGUUAAUCCUCAAGAUGGUUACUCAUGAAACACCAUAUUAUUAUUUUUACUGUCAUUCAUUAUUUCAUCACCUACUCUUUUGUUUGUGUUCUGUAAAUUUGCCAUGCAUAAUUUGAAUGUGUUCCCACAGGAAAUUUCAUCUGCACGAAUGUGUCUGUUUGUACAGCACCACACGAUGUAGCUGCAGCAAAUGAAACGACUCAUCAGACGCUAGUAUAAAUACCUGCACUAAAUUGACCUUUCAGCUACCGGUCAUAUGAUUGUCAUGUGUGUCCUGGACAGUGGACACAGCAGAUUUUCACCACAAACAAAUCUUAAAGAUUAACACUUAAAACACAGGGACUCAAGAAGCAGACUGAACCCUUUCUCUUCUCCUUUAUUUUAUUUUUCUUUCUACGUUUUGUAACUUGUAAAAGGCAAGAGAACUUUUUGUGAUAAUAAGUUCUGUUUAACCAUACAUUUGACAUAGACAAAAAAAAAAAGAGAUGGGAUUCCUAAUUCAUUUAACUUUCCCGUGGCAACUUUUUGAAGUUUUGUAUUUUUUUAAUAAAUGAAACAUAAUCCUUAUAGCCAAA